AUGUUUGAGCAUAUCUCGAAUGGUACUCACGGAACUGUGCGAGCGGUAAACAGUCUUGACGACGGCAAUGAGACCUUUGGAGAAGAACGUCGUUACAGAAGGAACACCUUCUCUUAUGGAGAAAAAGUCCAGGGAUUGAAGCUAUCAUAUAGUACAGACUGUGGAUUCGUCCGCUUCAACGAUCAGUCCUUGAAGACACUGCGUAAUCUUGUUGGCACUUUCGUGUACUCAGCAUCAACCAACAUGCAUUCGGACAAGUAUGCACUAGAGAUACUUAACAUAGGUAACAACGUCAACAACCAUAUGCUAGCUACGGUAGUCGCCGAAGUAGAUGUCUACGGAAGCGAUUAUGAAGAAUAUCAAUCAGCACCACUAUAUCCAUCAGGGGAUCAGUGCUAG